GAACAGGGGUGGUCAACCUGUGGCUCUUUGCUCCAAAAAAAUGCGGCUCUUAAGGUUACGGCAUGCCCGGACUGCUCAUGGCCACUCUGUGCACGCACCCCAGCACCUGGAGGGAAAAGCGCAUGGAUGCAGCAGCUCUGACAUGGUGAUACUUCGCUGGCUGCCCGGAUGCCUCCGUCCCUUCCUUGCCUCUCUGCUAGUCCGACUCACCGUUCCAGUGGCAUCCUCCGAUGUCCGCUCCUGUCCGUGUACUCAGGGGUGUUGCCCUCCCGACUGGUACCAGUACCGUGAUUCCUGCUACUACCCGGUGAUGACCACCAAAACCUGGGAGAAAGCCGAGACAGAGUGCAAGGAUCUGGUGGAGGGUGCCCACCUGGCAUCCGUGCACAGCGCAGAGGAGAACAACUUCAUCUACUACCUGAUGGGCACCCCCAACAAUGACAAGAAAAAGGAAGGCUAUUGGCUCCCCUCUGCCACUGCUCUCCCACCAGAUCUCAUGUCCCACCUCCAGCCCUUGGUUCAGCUCCGUGGCACUUCCCUGUCAACUGCCUUUUUGAAGCAUGGACCCAGCAGCCUGAGGAACUGGCACCAGUCUGUGUGA